AUGUCUGGCCCGUUCAAGUGGUGGAGGUCUGUUGUUGUGUGUUCAUGUGAAAAUGAAACUAACUGCCAGCAGGUGGCGUUUUAUGAAGCGGAUGAGCAGUACCGUCGACAGGAGGCUCAGCUGAGAGCGCGGCUAGAUCAGCUGGAGAAAGAGUCUGAGCAGCAUCAGGCCGUCGUCGUUGCCCACAACCGCAAAUACACAGACGCCAUCGAGAAACUGCAGAACGAAAAAACCUUUCUGGAGGUAAAGGCUCAGACGCUGGAAAGAGAAGCCAAGGACUGUCGAAUCAGAACUGAAGAGUGUCAGCAGCAGCUGCUGAGGAAGUACCAGAGUGAAGUGAGCAGUCAGUUAAAGCACAGCAGCAGUGUGAUCCAGGAGAAAGUGCCCUUCAACGACACCCAGCUGAGUGACUACAACAGUCUGAACGUUCCUCUGCAAAACAGAAGGCAUCAGCUGAAGGCUCGUGACGUGGCGGCUCAGGCUCUGGGUUUUGUGCAGAAUCUGGUCUCGGCUCUGCUGAACUUCCACACCUACACCGAGCAGAGAGUCCACAUCUAUCCUCUGGACUCGUCCAUCGAGGCCAUCUCACCCGUCAACCUUAAGUUCUCUCAGUAUCUGCACGAGAAUGCCUCGUACCUGCGUCCGCUGGUGGAGGAUCUGCUGCAGCUGCAUCACAGCAUCACAGAGGACAGCAUCACCGCUCUGGAAACACUGGCCAAGCUGCAGGACUUCUCCAGAUCCUUCUCCUCCUACAGCAGCUUCCUGCAGAAGAUCCUGCCCUACCAGCUCCAGAGUCUAGAAGAGGAAUGCGAGGUGUCUUUCUGCACGUCAGCGCUGGCCUCCAAGAACCGGCAGUUACAGAGUGACAUGAAGAAACUGACGGCCGUCUUCCACAAGCUCAAGUCUUACGUGGCUCUGCUAGCCGUGCCCAGUGUGUGUUCAGAUGGCAUGUGUCAGAGCAGUGCUAACGCUGUCUUCACCCAGAUGAGUGUGUGUUUACACGGCCUGCACGACGCCGCCACAGAGCUGUCACAGCACUACAGUCAGAAGGAGUCUCUGGAACAGGAUCUGCCCACCGUCACGCAGAAGUUUCACACCACUAACGAGUGUUUGCUGUCCUCGCUCGCGUCGCUCACUAACAGCUGCAGCAAGGUCUUCAUCACACAUACACACA